AUGAGUCUUGAGGCCCCCGAGAAGCACGUCACUUACGGCACGGCUGGCUUCCGUGACAAGGCCAAGUAUUUGCCCAUCGUUCUCUAUCGUGUUGGUUUGUUAGCUGCUUUGCGGUCCCGCUUUCUCGGCGGCAAAACAGUGGGCGUCAUGAUCACGGCCUCGCACAAUCCUCCAGCCGACAACGGGGCAAAGCUGGUUGAUCCUCUUGGUGAGAUGCUUGAUCAGUCUUGGGAAGCGCAUGCUACCGAAUUGGCCAAUUCCCAGUCGACUGCUGAGCAGAAUAAGCUGCUGGACGCAUUGUACUCCAAGUUUGGCGUCAAGCACGACUCCGACGCCAAAGUCAUCUAUGCUCGAGAUACAAGAGAAUCGGGCCCUAUUUUGGUCGAUGCAUUGGCGUCCGCCCUCAAGUCGCAGAAUGCCCAUGCUACAAAUGCUGGUGUUCUCACCACCCCACAGCUGCACUAUCUGGUUAGAGCCAUCAACACGUUGCAUAUGCCUGGGCAUGAGUCCUAUGGUGUCCCCACGGAGGAUGGCUACUACAAGAAGCUAGCAACAUCUUACAAAAAGAUUUCGACGUUGGCACCGAAUAUGAAGCCGGUUUCAGUCACAGUUGAUUGUGCGAAUGGCGUUGGGGCCCUGAAGCUCCAGCAGCUGGCGCCCUUGCUGGAAGGUUUAGUUGAGUUCACAAUUGCAAACGGUGAUGUUGAUCAUCCCGAGGCCUUGAAUGAGAACUGCGGCGCAGACUUUGUCAAAACUAAUCAACGAUUGCCGGCUAACGUUCAACCCGUUCCGGAUAAACUGUACGCUUCUUUUGAUGGUGAUGCCGACCGCGUUGUGUGCUACUAUACUAGCAAUAACGGUGAGUUUCAUUUGCUUGAUGGUGACAAGAUCGCAACCUUGGCUGCCUCGCUUUUUUGCGAGCAAGUCUCCAACUCAGGAACCAAGGUCGAUAUCGGCGUGGUUCAAACAGCCUAUGCCAAUGGUGCGUCCACAAAGUACAUUGAAUACGAGCUCAAGAUCCCCGUGGUCUUCACACCUACUGGCGUGAAGCAUUUACAUCAUGCUGCCGCAAAGUUUGGCAUUGGUGUGUACUUUGAAGCCAACGGUCACGGCACGGUACUGUUUGACAAGUCGACCGUGGACUCGCUCAAAACAAUCGAUAUUGGAUCGCCCGCUCAGAAGCAAUCCAUUGACAUCCUUUUGGCGUUGAGUGAUUUGAUUAAUCAAACGGUGGGCGAUGCUAUUUCUGAUCUGCUUAUGGUCCUGGUGAUUCUUGCUAUUCGCAACUGGACCCCUGCUCAAUGGGACUCCUGCUAUUCAGAACUGGCCAACAGACUCUUGAAGUGUAAUGUGCGGGAUCGCACAAUGUUUACCACCACAGAUGCAGAACGUCGUCUUGUCACCCCCAAAGAGCUGCAGCCUAAACUUGACCAACUUAUGAAACAGUACCCACAGAGCCGCACGUUCGUACGUGCGUCUGGGACAGAAGAUGUCGUUCGGGUUUACAGCGAGGCUGCUUCUCCGGAAGCCGCAAAAGAGAUUGGAGAUGUUGUGCUCGAGCUUUUGAAAGAGUACGCUUAG